GUGGCAAAUUAUGGAUCCUUGAAAUCUGUCCCGUCCAAUUCCACAAUUUUCAAGUGGAACAAGAAAUCUUGCAAGUUUGUCGUCUACCAAAACAUCCAGACCUACACGGCAAGGGACAUUGAGGCCAUUGAAAUAAAUGGUGACUAUUAUCUGGCCAUUGCCAAUCAUGCUCAAGGUAAUCAAUUUUUGAAUUUAUGA